GCUAGUUUUCGAAAGAUGGUAAAUCCAAUUUCAAAAUGGCUGACGGUGGAGACAAGGAUAGUAGUACGACUGAGGUAUUGCCGUAUUAACUUACUAUUAAAUGUUGAUCUAAGGCGAAUUAACGUGCAACAUUUUGAUGAUGAUGAUUUGGAAGAAGAUGCCCCCCUUGAGAAACGAAAGAAAAUAUUUUCCAAAGAAUUGCGCUGCAUGAUGUAUGGUUUUGGGGAUGAUCAAAAUCCUUACACUGAAUCUGUUGAUCUCCUAGAAGAUCUAGUCAUCGAGUACAUUACAGAAAUGACCAAAAAAGCCAUGGAGAUUGGUAGAUCAGGACGCAUCAUUGUGGAAGAUAUCAUUUUUCUUAUUCGUAAGGAUCCCAAGAAAUACUCCAGAGUCAAAGAACUUCUGCUCAUGAGUGAAGAGCUGAGGAAAGCUAGAAAAGCUUUUGAUGAAAUCAAAUAUGCAACAACCAAAUGAAACUGUUGGCACCUGUUUAAACUUUUACUGUAAAAAAAAAGGGCAGCAAUCCAGAAUUUUCUGACGAUGGAAAUAUUGUUCAGUUUCAAUUCUGGUCAGCCAAAAAGUCAAUUAACCUGCAUCUCAACAAUGUAGAUGCAAAAAAGGUCAUUUUUAUGAUAAUUUUUUUACCCUCAAAGAUCAGUGACUUACUUUUAAAUGUCAAAACUCAAUUUAUGGAAACUAGAAUAGCUAUAUAUUUCCUUGCUUUAUUUAUCACAAUAUUAUCAUAAUGGACUACUGAUAUUAUAACAAGGCUGUUUAUGGCUAUGCAGUACACAUGAAAUUUGAAAAUGUGUUUUUCUAAUAUAAAUGUCUUAAGUGAUUACUUUAUUAAGUGUGUUGGGGGACUCAUGUUGUGCAUUAUUUGUGUAAAUAUUAAUUAAAUGUGGUCUUGUCAGAAGUACU